GUAACUGGCACAAAUCAACAUGACCGUCACCACGGCGACGCUGACCUUCCUCACCGUCAACGAUGUGUACGAUGUCGUGCCCAACGAACAAGGACGUGGAGGUAUGGCGGAGCUAGCAACGCUUCUGCAAGCGGAGCGGGCCAUCAUCCCGUCGACGCACCAUACACUCACGACAAUCAACGGUGACUUUCUGUCGGCAUCUCAAGCAGGCGAGCACUACAAGGGGCAAUGAUCCAUGUUGCAUGUAUGUUUCCGUUCAUGGAUCAUCACGAGUUUAUGUAGAGCCCAUAUGAUUGACAUUUUGAAUCGCAUGGACAUCGACUAUGCAGUCUACGGUACCACUGGAUGCCGCCUGUUGUUCAUCAUGUUCAGGAGUGUGUAGGAAAUCACGAAUUCGACUUUGGCUCGGACAUUCUUGUGCAGCGAGUGGCCGAGUCCAAGUUUCAAUGGUUUGGGUCGAACGUCCGCGACAAAGCGACGGGAAAUGUCCUCGGCAAUGGCUUGGACACGACUCUGUUUCCCAUUGCAUCUACCGCGCAAGAUGGGGCGAUUCAAGUGGGAAUGUUUGGGAUUUGCACCCCCGAAACCCCUCAAUUGUCCUUUCCGGGCGAUAAGGUCGAGUUCCAGGACAUCUUGGGCACGGCCAAGCGUUGCGUGGACGACUUGAAAGCCCGCGGGGCCGAUGUCAUCAUCGCGUUGACCCAUGUGAGCAUCGCCCACGACAAGUUACUGGCCAAGCGCGUACCAGGCAUCGACGUGAUCAUCGGGGGGCACGACCACGAUCCGUUCACGAUGUACCAAGGCAAAACAUUCAUUCACAAGUCGGGGCAGAAUGCAUAUUGGUUGGGUCGACUGGACUUUGACAUUCGGAAGGCGAGCGGAAAAGUGACCGUGUCUCCAGCAUGGAAGAUGAUUGCGAAUCAAAACGUCACCCCCGACGCUGGCGUCGAAGCUCUGGUGCACAAGUACAUGGCCCCGUUCAUGACGGCGGACCACUUGGAAGCUGGCGCGCGGCAGUUGGCCGUGCUGAGCUUGCCCCUAGUCACAAAAACGUCGGUGAUGCGCGGCGAAGAAAGCAACUUUGGCAACUUGGUCGCGGACGCGGUCCGGCAAGAACUUGGCGCGCAAUUCGGAGUCCUCAAUGGCGGCUUUGUUCGCGGCGAUACAGGUCUGUCGGAGAUGAUAGAGUCUGAAGCAGGAACGACAAGCAUGUGUCUAGUCCAUGAAGCCAAAUCGCAGUUGACGGUGGGCAUUGUCCUCAAGGAAAUGCCGUUUCCCCGUCCGGCAGUGUUGCUUCGCAUCCAAGCGCGGGAUUUGAAGGAGGCGCUGGAGCAACAUUUGAGGCACUACCCGCUGCUGUCUGGAUCGUUUCCUCACGUGUCAGGGUUGCGAUUGACGUACGAUCGAACUCGCAACACCCCCGAGAUCACAACAUUUCAAGACGAGCUUGGCAACAACGUCGACCUCGACGACUACGUCACCGUGGCCACGACCAAGUUCAUUGCCGGCGGCGGGGACGGCUGCGUGUCAUGGAAGAAGGCAACGCUCCUCGCUACGGACGACACUAUCGCUCAAGUGGCCAUCCGAUUCCUUGAGAAGAAGCGCUUGAUCGCAUACCCCGAAAAGGAGGGCCGCGUGACAAUCGUUGAUUAAGUGCGACGAGAAAUAAAAUUACAGAGGUUUUCGAGAGAA